UUUCAGGGAUGAAAUAUCCAAUUGUUAUAAGGAAUCCAAAGGGAGAGGAAGUUCAGUGUCAGUAUGUUGUGACAUGUGCAGGACUUUACUCGGACCGUAUUUCAGAAUUGAGUGGCUGUAAUCCUGACCCUCAAAUUGUACCAUUCCGGGGAGAUUACCUGCUCUUGAAGCCAGAAAAACGCUAUCUUGUAAAAGGAAAUAUUUAUCCGGUCCCAGAUAGCCGGUUUCCUUUCCUAGGGGUUCACUUCACACCUAGGAUGGACGGCAGUAUUUGGCUAGGGCCCAAUGCGGUUCUUGCCUUUAAACGAGAAGGCUAUAAACCCUUUGACUUCAGUGCCAGAGAUGUUAUGGAUGAAAUUAUCAAGAGUGGCUUGAUUAAAUUGGUGUUCCAGAAUUUUUCCUAUGGAGUCAAUGAAAUGUAUAAAGCCUGUUUUCUCAGUGCAACAGUGAAGCACCUUCAAAAGUUUAUCCCUGAAAUUACUACCAGUGAUAUACUGAGAGGUCCAGCUGGAGUAAGAGCCCAAGCUCUGGAUAGAGAUGGAAAUCUGAUAGAAGAUUUUGUAUUUGAUGGAGGAGUUGGAGAUAUUGGAAAUCGCAUUCUUCAUGUGAGAAAUGCACCCUCCCCUGCAGCUACUUCUUCUCUUGCAAUUUCUGGAAUGAUUGCAGAUGAAGUGCAACAAAGAUUUAAAUUGUAAAUAAUGUAAGGAGCUAGGUAUGCAUUUUAAUUUCCAUAUUCAACAAUAAGAAUAUACUAAUUGCAUCCUUUAAUUUAAGGAAAAUGAUUUGAAAAUCUCCUUUUUAGGUAUCCUAACAACUGAAUUGUUAGAAUGCUGUAACAUAUAAAUAAUAAUUUUUUAAAGCCCAUCCCCUUUCACUUUGUGAAUAAAGAAGCAAGGUACAGUUGUAUCUGUCCUGAAUCCCUUUGUUAUUGACUUGUCCUUACCAACCAUGAUCUAGAGAUUUGGCUUUCUAGAAUUUCUGGGAAUGAUGUCACAAAAAAUUGUUCCCUUAACUUUUUGGCUUUAUGAUUUCUAAGCUUUUUAUUCUCUGCUAAAUAAGAAAAUAUAGUAUAUUGUAGGUUGCAAACCUCCUUUAAGUUUUGAAGUCAUAGGAAAGCUCACAUUAUUUGGAGCAACAGUAUUUGUAUUUGGGAUUUAAAAUUCUUGAUUUAAAGAAAAUAUAUGAAAUUUCACACUUUUAAGUAGUUUGAAUAAGAUUCUAUGUAGCUAUAAUAUUUGUAAGAAAUAACUUUGCAAAAGAAACAUAAAGUCUUUAUUAUUUCCAGGUUUUUUAUAACUUAGUGUGGGAUUACCACUAAAUCCAAACAACAGUUCACUAUGAGUGGUUCUUGCUGACUCUUUAUAGUCUUUUGUGGUUGAGAAAAGAGAAUUUAGGAUUUAGAACUGAUAGGUUUUUAUGAGAGCAGUUUUAGGAUCCUAACACUGAAAUAUAGAACUCUGUAAUUUUAAAAAUUAUUUACCUCUCUAUCUCUGUUUUUCAGUCAUACCAAGUUUCUCAAACAUUGGCCAAGAUCACUAAUUAUUCAUGCCUACUUAGUUUUCAGGGAUCCUAUGAACUUUUAUGAGGAUAUUUUUUCAUUUGGGGGAAAUAACCUAACUUUGAGGCAUUCACUUUUGUAAACCGCAAAAGUGCCUUACAUUCAUGUGUACUUCAUGAGUAUUUCAAAUUAUGGCCCAGUGCCGGUACUGUAUAUUGUAUAUAUGUGUGUGGUAUCUGUUGAAAUGAUUCUUGCAGUUCAGAAAGUUGGAAAACAGAAAUAUAAAUGAAUUUAUGGCCGCCUGUUGAUUGGGAAAACUUUUAUUACAGAACCAUCAUGUAGGUGAAACAUUUUCAUUCAUUCCCUCUUAUAUAUGCUCUCUCAGGAUUAAUUUUCCACUCUUCUUUCUUUCCCGUAUCUUUCCAAAUCUAUGUGAUAGAUAAGUAAGGAUGUGCAUUUUGACUGAUAGGAAAAACUUCUGUUUUCUUCCUUUUCACUUCAAGCCUCAGUGAUUACAUUGUUUGAGCUACCUCAACCAUUAAUUUGAAAGGCUCUAUCACCAGCUUAUGUUCAAGAAGUAGCACAUCCCAGGUAUGGACAAGGCAAUUAUUUGACACUUGGGAUGAGCGUUUUGAAAGCAUUCAGAAACCACUCACAGAAGAAACCAGCCCUAAUGGUUCUUCAUAACAACUGAUUCCUCGAAGAAAUGUGACACACAGGAUAUUUUUCUGUUCCAUUACAAGACUAUUAAGAGAUGGAAAAUUUUACAAUUCUCUAUUUCAUAAACAGUGAGAUUGCAUAUAUACUAAGCUGUGAAAGACUGAAGUUACAAAAAUAACUAUCCUAAUUAAAGCAACCCCUAUUCCAUUUGGGUCUAUAUUAUACCCCCCAAAAAUACAAGUGAUAAAAUUAUUGAAAGUGAAUGUGUAGGUUAUUAUGUUUGUAAAACAUUUUAUAUUUAUAUUAAUUGGGUUUGUUGUGUAAUACUGAUAUGCUAUUUAAAAGUUUUGUGUACUUCUGAAAGAAGAAGAAUGUAAAUUAAUAUUAAAAUAUUUUAAUGAGCCUUA